UCAUCCAAUUCCAAUUCAAGAGAAGAGAGAGAAAGAAAAAUAAUGAUAGUGCAGCGUUCAGCUUCGAUCUUGAGAACAUCAUUGUAUUAUCCCAAGGUUUUCUCACUCUUUGCCACCAACCAUUCCUUCUCUACUCUCACCAUUUCUCGCCGCCUCCGGACUCAUAAAAUCCGAGCCUUCGGAACAACCCCCGCCGCCGCCGCCGCCGCAAAUGGAAGCAACGCCGACACUUUCUUGGCGGAGGAAAGCGUUUCCUGGGCUUCACUUGGGGUUUCCGAUUCCGUUUCGCGCGCCCUCGGCAGCGUUGGGCUGCAUAGACCCUCCCUAAUCCAGGCGGCUUGUGUGCCGGCCAUUCUUGCAGGCGGUGAUGUGGUGGUUGCAGCCGAAACCGGAAGCGGUAAAACUCACGGAUACUUAGUCCCUCUUAUUCAUAGGUUAUUAUUAUCCACUACCCUCGAUUUGCCUGAAAGUGGUUCCGAUGAUUUUAAACAUAAGAAGCACCACCACGUUUCUCUUGUUUUCUGCCCUAAUGUAAUGCUCUGUGAACAAGUCGUUCGUAUGGCGAACUCCAUUUGUGAUACUUCUGGUCAGCCGCUUCUCAAAGCUGCCGCCAUUUGUGGCCGCCAGGAAAUGUUGGUCAAAGAACCGGACAUUAUAGUAUCGACACCAGUUGCGCUUCUGAACUACCUUUACGCAAACGACUCGGAAAAACGCGGGCGCACUGAUUUCAUACGUGGUGUCAAAUAUGUGGUUUUUGACGAAGCAGACUUGCUUCUAUGUGGGAGUUUUCAAAACCAAGUCGUCCGACUAAUAGACAUGCUCCGUUUCGACGAGAAACAGUUAGCUCGGUUGAAAAGUCCUGAUGCAGCGGGCCCCACAGAUGCUGCCGUGGAAGAUUCCGAUACUGAAGAGGAUUUUCAAGAAGAUUUCGUUCUUGAAGAGGUUGAAAACGCUGAGGACAUACCUGUUGAAGAAGAAUCCGAGGCUGAAGAAUCUGAAGUUGAAUCCGAGGUUGUUAGAGAAAAAAGAGAUUGGAGGAGGGUAAGAAAAAUAUACGCUCGAAGCAAGCAGUACAUUUUUGUCGCAGCCACUCUUCCAUUAAACGGAAAAAGAACAGCUGGCGGAACUUUAAAAAGAAUCUUUCCAGAUGCUAAAUGGAUUAGUGGAAAUUAUCUCCAUCGCCAAAAUCCAAGAUUAGAGCAAAAAUGGGUUCAAGUUUCGAUCGAUACACAGGUGGAUGCACUUAUAGAUGCUGUAAACAAUAACGGGCUUAAAUCUAAUUCUGGAGAAUUACGGACCAUGGUAUUUGCAAACACAGUUGAAGCAGCCGAAGCAGUUGCUAAUAUUUUGACGGGAGCUAAUAUAAGAUGUGUGAGGUACCACAGUAACAUUUCUCUGGAGGAGCGCACGGAGAAUCUAGUUGAUUUCCAACACAACGGCGGUGUUUUUGUCUGCACUGAUGCUGCUGCUCGUGGACUUGAUAUACCGAAUGUUUCGCACGUUAUCCAGGCGGAAUUUGCUAGUUCUGCUGUGGAUUUUCUUCACAGAGUUGGAAGAACAGCUAGGGCAGGACAACAUGGUCUUGUUACUAGCCUUUUUACGGAAUCGAAUCGGGAUCUCGUAGCUGCGGUUCGUCAGGCUGAAGAUCAGGGCUUAGCUGUGGAAAGUGCAUUUAGUAGAAAGAGAAGUUUCCGGAACAAACUUAAGAAGAAAGCUUUCAGCCAACGGGAAAGCUCAUCAUCAUCGGUUCCAAUGGCGGCAUAGAGCUACUCGGGGUGUUUAAGUAUUACCACUUCGCAACAGGUUUAUGCAAAACGGUCGUUUUUAGGAUAAACGUUUAAAUGUUUUUUGUAGUUGCACUUUUGAUAAAUGUCGAAUCAGAGAGCCUUCUACAAUCACUCACUUAAAUUACUGGAUAAACGUGUUUGGUUUUGUUAAAUUCUUUUAAGAAGAUGUUAUGUAUCAACAGGGUUUGUAUUAUGUGAACCAGGUCGAAGCCCCGACUAUGGGGUGUUUGCAAUUUUUUUGUAA